CGGCGGUGGCUUGUGGGUAAGGGAACAUGGCGGCGACGGCAGCGGGACCCGAGGUGGUGCUGAGCGCGGACGCUGCGGGGCCGCAGUGGAGCUGCAGUGUGUGGGAGCCGCUCUCCGGGGCCGUCAUCACCACCUACCGCGGAAGCAGCUGCGGCAGCCGCGGUCUGUGUCUGCUCAACGGCGAGUACCUGCUGGGAGCGCAGCUCGGCAAGAACUGCAUCAGCGUCUGGGAGAUACAGCGCAAGGACCAGCUGCAGCAGAAGAUCAUCUGCCCUGGGGUUGUGAACUGUCUCACUGCAUCCCCCAAUGGACUUUAUGUUACUGCCGGGAUCGGGGAUAGCAUCUAUCUAUGGGAGGUUUGUAGUGGGAACCUGCUGAUUGUACUUCACAGACAUUACCAGGACCUGACCUGCCUUCGCUUCACCGAUGACAGCAGUCACUUUGUGUCGGGAGGGAAAGAUAACCUGGUUCUGGUGUGGAACCUUUACAGUGUUCUGCAGGUUGACUUUGUUCGGACGCCUGAGCCCCGUCAUGUCUGGACUCGCCACACACUGCCGGUGACGGACAUACACUGUGGCAUUGGGGGGCCACUGGCUCGAGUGGCGACAGCUUCCCUCGAUCAGACCGUCAAGCUUUGGGGAAUCCCCUCGGGAGAGCUGCUCAUGUCCGUCCUGUUUGAUGUGGGGAUCAUGGCGGUGACCCUCGAUCCCUGCGAAUAUUACCUCUUCUGUGGUGGCAACGACGGCUCCAUCUUCCAGGUCAAUCUGUUUGCGGGGCCUGUUCAGAGAGAGAGAAACUUUCAAGUGGACAAAGAGAGCAGUUACGUUUUCACAGGACACCGGAAUCGGGUGACGUGCUUGUCGGUCUCUAUGGAUGGGAGUUUGCUGCUUUCGGGAUCCCAUGAUGAGACGGCCAAAUUGUGGGACAUUCAGAGCAAGCAAUGCCUGAGAACCGUCAAUCACAAAGGUCCAGUGACCAAUGCCUUCCUGACCACAGCCCCCGCAAACAUGUUGAACCCCGAUUGCAAGCCGAGCGUCAGCCUUCCGAAGUUCAGCCGCCACAUGAGUACGUCUGAAGCUGCCGAGGGUGACGAGGCAGGAGCUAUCACCCUCAGCCUGCAGCGUGGCAAACAGGAUGUUUCAGAGAGUUGCCUGGCGAGGGCGGAGGAACUGUACCAGGUUAUGUGUGCUGCCACGGACAAGCAGCUCCUGGGUGAUGGUGAGAACACGCGAGUGAGAGUAGCCGAGCUGGAGGAUGAAGUGAAGACACUGAAGAAGAUCAACAGAGACCUGUACGAUUUCUCUGUUCAGAUUCUGACUAAACAAACAUAAGCAGAGACACCGGACAUGGACUGCUGCACAAUAUCUGGCAGCUGAGCAUUUCUUUUUAUAUUACACAUCUAUAUAAAAAAAUAGAUUUGUCAAACUGUCCUUGGAACAUUUCCAGCCUUCUUUACAGGCUUCUUCAGAGAGAUCAAGAGAAUUGACUCAAACCAUGUAUGUCGAUUGAGAUGGGUAGAGUUGUAGAGUUCAGUGGGAGAGUGUGGACAGUGCUCUACACUCACCAGGUAAUUUAGGUGGCAAAUAACAGGAGGUUCUGAGGAGGCAGAGUUUCACAAUGGUUACUUAUAGAAUAGGAUAUUACAGCACAGAAGGAAGACAUUCGGUCCAUCAUGCCUGUUCCAGCUCUUUGGAAGAGCUAUGCAAUCAGUCCCCUCCCCCAGUCUUUCCCCAAAUCCUUGCAAGUUUUUCCUUUUCAAGUACCUAUCCAGUUCCCUUUUGAAAGUUGUGAUUGAAUCUGUUUCCACCGACUUGUCAAUGACUUGCUUUUUUUGGAUAAGAAAUGUCAAUACUUCAUCCACUUUACAAUCUAAUUUGAAUUAUCAGUUUUAUCCUCAAAUGUUGUGAAUUACAAAAUUCCCACUGUGUUUCUCGGUCAUGUCGUGCCUCCUCGUUGAAAAUGUGAAUCAAUAACAUUUAUUGUGCUUUUUAUUAAAAAAACUGUCACAACCCAAAACCAGGUGGGCAGAAUUGACCUAAAAGUUGCCAUUUAAUAUUUCCAGAUGUAUGAAGUUCUCAUUUGCUAACGAGGAUCUGGGGAAAAGGUUUGGUUGUUCUGAGAAUCAUUUGUUGCUUUACAUUCCUCAGACAGUGUGGCUACCAGUUGUAUGAUGUGGCCAGUAACAUUUCAGGAAAGGUCUUAUCAGACCAGUAAAUGCCUUAUAUAGUUCAGGGGGAAAUAAUCGAACGCAGGAUUGGCUAUUAAUGAUCCAUCUCUCAGCUCUUUGAAGCCAAACAACAAGAAUCCUGUCUAGGAACCUCUGAAAACAUCAAUAGUAUUCAUCUAAUUCUCAUCAGAAUUGAUCGCUGUGUCUGACUGGCUCCAGUGUGCCUGCCUAUGUUCAGUGACUGUUAUUGUGUUAGAGCCUCUUGUAGUGACAGUUACUUCUCCUUUCCUGGCCUGAACUAUUCACACUUUCCUAUUUAUGCAUUGUAAUGUUAAGAUGUAACUUUGGAGGUGGAGGGAAAGAAGGGACAUUGUCCAUGUUUGAGAGGCUCCCAAGUUAUUUUGUGGCUGUUUAUAUUAAACUGGUCAUUUCUGAUCUCC